AUACACCCUCUUCCCAAUUCCCAUUAGCCAAAAAAACCAAACAAAUCCUUAGGAAAAAAAAAACACAAAAAGUAUGUUCCAAACCUUAAAAAACGAUUACCAAAUUUGUGAAGAAAUUGGUCGUGGUAGAUUCGGUACCGUUUACCGUUGUAUCUGCCCGUUAACCGGAGAUUCCUUUGCUGUUAAAUCCAUCAACAAAAACAUCCUUAAAGAUUCCACUGACCGUGAAUGUCUCAUUAAAGAACCCAAAAUCCUUCAACACCUUAACGGUAAUCCAAACAUCCUUAAUCUCUACAAACUCUACGAAAAUGACGAUUAUCUCCAUAUGGUAACUGAUUACUGCCCAAAUAGCGAUUUAUACGAACGGGUUUCCAACGGGCCUUUACCCGAACCCGAAGCGGCUUUAAUAUUAACCCAAUUAGUUACCGCGGUUAAUUACUGUCAUAAUAUGGGUGUGGCCCACAGAGAUAUAAAGCCAGAUAAUAUAUUAUUUGAUUCGAUGGGUACGUUGAAGCUAUGUGAUUUCGGGUCGGGUGAGUUUAUUGUGGGGCCCAGUAUGAGUGGUGUUGUGGGGACACCGUAUUACGUGGCACCAGAAGUGUUGAUGGGGGAAGAGUAUAAUGAGAAAGUGGAUGUGUGGAGUUGUGGUGUUAUUUUGUAUAUUAUGAUAUCUGGUGUUGUUCCUUUUUAUGGUGAAAAUGCGACUGAGACAUUUCAAGCUGUUAUGAGGGCAAAUUUGAGAUUUCCUACUAGGUAUUUUAGGUCUGUUUCGAGUGAAGUUAAAGAUUUGUUGAGGAAGAUGUUAUGUAAGGAUGUUUCUAGAAGAUUUUCAGCUGAACAAGUACUGAGACACCCAUGGGUGAUUAAUGGAGGAGUGAAAAGAUCAAUGGCUGAUUGAACCUGAAGAAGAUUAAUUAGUGGUGUUUCUAACUAAUCCUAUAAAUACUAGCAGUACAAAUCUUGAUAAAGUUUUCCUUGUAUAUACACCAAUCAAGAUCAACAGCCCCAAAAUGUUAGAAGGAAAGAGAGACUGAGGAAGAAAUAAAAUUUGUGCUGCUGUGUUAUGGGGAAGAAUCUUAAUUAUGAUAAUGAAUCUCCUAUGUAGUAUGAUCAGACAAAAUAAAUUAAAGUUAUUCCGGCUAUGUAAAAGGUCCAUGCUUUCCCCACCUUUAUGUUUUUAGAUUAUAAAAGGUUGAGGGAGAGAGGGAUGUAUAAUGUAUUGGUGCUUUAUCCUUAAGUUUUGUUGAGUUGAGGAGUUGCUAUGUAAUGAAGUUAUCUGUUAUAAUAUGAGACUUUAAAGAAAAUUUCUGCA